AGGGAAGCGAAUGUGUUUGAUAACGAGAACAAGAUAAUCAAGAACAAGACAGCUACAAAAAAACAAAGCAAACCGGAUAAGGAGUUAAACAGGAACGAGAAAAUUCGGACUGCCGGAGAAAAAUACCAAAGUGGCUCAUUAUUAGAAAGAUUUACCAGGGUUGGAGGACACCAUGGAGAAGACGGCGAAGGACAUAACGACGUCACCAACCACCUGGACCCGUCCUGCGGAUGUGAUGAAACUGCACAGACAGAAACAGCGGAAGAGAGCUUUGCAGUCGCGGUUAUUCGACACGAGGAAAGGUGCCCUUGACCUUAACGACGGAAGCAAGUCGUCAAAUGACAGCAGCGACGUGCCUGACGAGAAAAGCAAUGCUCCGUCAACCUCAAAUCCGUUUCGAAGUCAACUUUCAAAGCGGUUCAGGGAAACGUACACUCCUGCACCGCCCUGUGAUUUAGAUUCGUCUUGUGAUACCACCUUGUUUCAACUCUUAAAUAACACUUCAACGAAGGACUCGACGAGCUUGAACGCUGAAGCUCUCUCAGAGUCGUUUGCUAAUUUUCUGGACAGGAUUGCUGGGUCUCAAAAUCUAGCGGCGGAGAAGUCGAGAAGAAGAAUAUCAGCAUUGCCGCUUGACUGGUCUUUAAAGUACAAAAUUCGAUUCUUUUCCAAAAAGCAACUGCCGUGGAGUCAAAACUUAAAGAUGUUGGACGAGGCGUCGGGAACGACCGCCUUCGCCCGGUGUGUCGACUUGAAAAGCUCGGAGACGUCGCCGGCGAUUAGCACCGGGAUCAACGCUCAACUCCACCAAACGUGCCUCGCGUGGCAACACCCCAAUCUUCCGUGGGUCUCGCUCUUUCCCAGGACCAGCCACGAGAAAAACCGAGCCAAGAAAUCCGUGCCCGUCGAUCCAGUCAUGAAGGACGCCUUGCACAACGCUUGGAGAGAAAGUUUCCGGUCCCUUCUGCAGCUGGUCCGUGCCCACCAGUGUCCAUUUUUCUACUUGUGCGCAAACAAAUUCACGUGUCUGAUCCGCGCAGCUGGCAUCGGAGGCAUCGAGGAAAUCCACGCCGUCAUUUCUCCCACGACGACUGGUUUUCGCAAACUGCUGCUAAAUGACGAAAUUUGCUAUUCAAUGCCGCUGCAGAAGGAGUCCUCGUCGACAAACAAUUCUCCAGGGGAACAAAGCAGCGACGGACAAGACGAGGAGGAGAACGAGGAGGAAGUCGACGACGAAGGAGCCGAUGAGUGGCUGCAGAGCAUCGGAGUCGGUUUGGAGGACAUUAAAAAGCUCAACUCUGCACAGAAUAAAGUAAAAGCGUCCAAGAAGCCAGAAAUGGACCUGAGACCGGCGUCGACCAUCGUAGUGCAAACCGACGCCGAGGUGAUGGCCCUUUUCAAUUUGCUCCUCAACUACCGCAGCAUCACGACCACAAUCGGGGCCCUGGCAGGAAUUCCUCCGACCCUGCUGGCGCCUGUCGCCUUUCACGGAGCCACACUCACGCCACUAACCGUGGGGCAGAAGACUGUGAACCUGAAGGGCGAGCAGUUCUACAGCGCCGAGAUCGUGGGGCCGGUGCUGCCACACACCCUGCGCGAGCUGUGCAGGCAGCUGGAAGCGAACCAAACGCAAUUUUCCAUGACCUGCUCGAUCGUGGAGCAGAGCAAGUCAUUCUCCAUGCUUCCCGCGCCAGAGAAGACGCCCAGCACGUCCGCGUUCGCGUUGGAAAAUUUGAGAGACUGCGGCUUGACCAGCCACGAACUGAAAUCGUUCUGCCAACACGGCCAGCCGGCGGUUUUGUCCGGCGUUAAAUUCGAGAACAGUCAAUACGUGUGCCACGACUGAUUUUAGCAAUAAAUUAAACCGUUUUUUCUGUA